UUGGUUGUUGGUCGUAAUAAAGUUUUUCUAUAUUCGCAAUAUUUAUUGGAUGAAAUAUUAUGAAAUUGAGAUUAUAAAUGCUGCAAAGCCAAUUUGCUAAUGAACCAAUAAACUUGGUUUAAAAGAAUAGAGAUGAACAGAAAGUGUUUUGGAAAAUUUUAUUUGACUUCGCGUCCUACAAAAUGUUGAAAAUUCAACGUACGUAAAAGCAGUGAAAAUGAAUGAUUUAUUGAUCCUAGUUGCACUCAUUAUUCCCGAAUGUAAAGCAGUGCCUGUGCCUAGACAUUUUGGUGAAAAGAAUACGGCAUUCUUUGGCGUUCUAACAUGCAUUUUAAUAAGUGCUGUUGUUGGCAUGUGCGUAUUUUGCAAAAAGAAAAAGAGUCAGUUCCAGAAGUUUGAAAACGAUGGUAAUAUCGAGGAAGUAAAAAAUACUGAGUAUCCAAUUUUAAAAUCACUCGGUUCUCUAGAAUUGAACAAAACUUGCGCAAUUAUUCCAAGUAGCCCUACAAAUUUGUCGACUGAUAACCUGCUCGAUCAAACCGUUCAAUAUCAAAGCGAAUCGGUUUCAUCACUUGAACAUGAUGGAAUUGAAAACUACAACCUAUUACGACGUCAAAAUCAGACAACAGCGAAUUCUCUACCCGACGAGCAAUCUGAAAAUAAUAGUGGUCAAAGCAACAAGCAGUUGGUUUUUGUGCAAAAAGAUUGUGAGACCAGUUCUAACAUGCUUUUAUCAAGCAAGGAGUCUCUGAGCUUCCCGUCUGUUUGUCUGGCAAGAGAAACCAACUUUUCCGAGGACCAGGCGAUUGCUUCAAUAAAGGAUUCAGCCGAUUUUUAUAAUGCCAAAUCAUUCAUCGAACACUACAGUGGCAUUAGCGCUUCAACACGCACUGAAGAAAAUAAUGAUUCAUGUCCAGACGAUAUUAGAGUGAAACUGCCUACAGGUUUGGUGAACACAGCGAUUAUCUUAGGCGAAAACCAUGCUUGCUGUGAAGAUCCUCUCGCACAUGUAGCGUCCAGCGAAGCGCAAGAGGAUAUCACCCCAUUGGAUAGUCUAGAGGAUAACUCUUCCUCUCAUGAAACAAACAGUAUAGAAGAAGCAUUACGAGCAUUAGAUUACGCUAUAACUGGAGAACACGAUAGUGCUGACAGUGAAGAUGAACGCAAUUUUGUUAAUUAUUUGAGCGGUAUGAACGAAGAAAGAGCUGCUGGCAUUGACAAUGAAUUUUGCAAUGAAAAACACUCGUCUUCAGAUAGUGGUAUGGAAGAAGCUGAAAUCAGCGACAAAAAUGCCUCUACUGACGUGUUGCAUGAAGUAGUGCGAAAAGAAGCGUCAAAGUUGGUAGAUGAAAUAUUGCUGCUUUGCCAAAGCCGAAUUGAAGAAAUUCGAAAAUGCGAGGAAAAUGAUUCAAUUCAAAAAAUUGUCCAGGAUGACGAUUUUAAUGAUUUCAAUAAACACACUAUGUUAGAGUGUAGUACUCCUUUUGUACCUAGGAAAACUUCUGACAUUGAAAUCCAAAAUUCAAUUUUAAAACAGGCUCUUUUUAGUGUUAAAAACAAUGAAACAUAUAUCCAAGGCGAUGAUGAUUUGUGGCAAGAAAUAGAAAACAAUGAGAGGCAGAAAGAUGAGUGUCAAGAUUACCAAAUCUUCAACGUUACAUACCAAGCCGAUGGUAACAUCGCUCACGUGAACGACGAUGAUCUUCAACAGAUAUAUCCGGUGAGAGAAAAUAGGCAGUGCACAGUAGCAAAAAUAGAAAAUUUUUGGGGUAAUCCAUCUGAAACAUUUGUCAAAGAUUUAUCCGAUGAUUUGCCUCAAAUAACCAUAGACAAUAGUUCGGCUGACGAUGCUUUAUCGGAUAAUCCGACUGCUACUCCAAUGAAUACGCCAAUUGAGCCAGGGUACCCAACGACUGCAGAUUGGGAUGAGUGGCUUUCAAGCAGCACCUCUUCUGUGACAGCGUGUAGAGAUGUGCAACUUUGCGAGAGAGAUGAUUUCUCAAAUCAAACGAUUGAUAAUGGAUGGUUUUUACAUACGAAAUCAGAAUACGACAAAAUCAACGAAGAGACUUUCAAUCUCGAAGAGAAUGAUGUAAUUCACGACUCUACGUAUGAUUUACUAAGGAAGCAAUUAACUGAAAUAUUAUCACAUGCACAGGGUGCCAAAGAACUUUCUGAGAGUUAUGAAGAAAAUGAUGCAUACCCGAAUCAUUAUGGAAUACAGUAUGGCGAUUUAGACGAAGCCUCUAAUGCCCCGUCAUCGUCGACAGUUAAAGAUAACGAAGUAGUAAUUAACUAUAAGCGAACUCUUUCUCCAAUCAUAGAAGAAAGUGAAGAUGAAUCAUUUUACAAUAAAGUGUCAUUUUAUAAAGAGUCAUCAAACCAUGUUGAAAGCACCAGCACUGGAUGUAUGGAGUCGUUAACGGCUAUGGGGAUGAAUAAAACUGUGAUGGCGUCGAAUGAUACUUUAUUUAACUUUGAGGAUAUGUUUGACGAGAUCUUAUCCCCGCGGGUGUCCUCGCAAUCGCAUACCCCAAUUAAUCGAGAUAGAGAAAUUCCCGAUUACUUUCUACGAUCACCUCGUCAUGAUGUGACAAAUGAAUUAACUAUAGAUGUGGACCCGUUGCAGAUCCCUUCUGGCCAAGUAAUAAGUGCUCAGCGGACACGUGAUUCAUCAUUAGGCACGACAAGGAAUCCAACAAAGUUAGAUUGUUUCCAAAGUUCCUCAGUCAUUUUGGAAAAGAAAACUUGCGUUUCCAUCGGUAGACCGACCGAAGAAAAUGAACGAAUCUCGGAAAUUUCUGAACCUGUAUUAGUGUCGUCCGCAUCUUGUCAAAACAAACCUGAAGAGAAUAGUCUCUUAGACGAAGAGAUACCUUCUAUCGAGGAAGAUUCUUUCAAUGAGAUUUUGGAGAAAGAAAAGCCUCUGGAUAAUGAGCAUUAUAUUCACAUUUUAGAUUUACGUGGUACAAUAGAUUCUGUACUAAACAGAAAUCCAGCCGAGCGAGAUGAAAAUUUCGACCCUGCAACAAGUAAAACCAAUACUGGACAAGAAGUAGUGUAUUUACAGAACAAACUAAACUUAGAAAAUGCUUACAACAAUCGCAGCCAAGAAGCACAGGUGGUAAUUGAGUCUAUCGAUCGUUUUUUGCUUAAGUCCAGAAAUAUGAGUUUGCCAGACGACAAAAGUACAAAUUCUUUGGUUAAUGGUCAUUUAAAUAGUUGUAAGAUAUCUAGUAGAUCUGAUGGUAAAAAUGUUAGUAUAAAUCAUGAUAAAUAAAAUUU